CUAAUCCUGUGCCUUUACCUUCAGAAAUCCUUCAAAAGUCAGAAGGGGAAAGAAGCCACAGCUGGUUUGGAAGCCACAUUUGGCUCCUAACAGUACAGUGAGAUGGAACUCCUCCUAGCGAUUUUUCUUGCUGUUUUGACUGUCUUUGUGGCAAUGGCAUUCUAUUAUGAACAUCCCAAGGCAGAAAUCCCUCAUGGAUUUAGUCAGCGCCGAAAGCUUUACAUUCUUCAUUACGUCAUGAACUUCGGGUUUGGUCUGGCAAAAUUUUUGGAAAAAGUAGGUAUCACCUCAGAGGUCCAUUUCCUCAGGUUUGUAAUGGAUGGAAUACCACCAUUAAAAGAUAAAUAUCUUCUUAUCAAGGACUUAAGGUUUGAAAAGGUUAAAGUAAGAAUUUACCAGCCAAACAUAGCAACUACUGGCCAAAGAAGAGGAAUCCUUUAUUUUCAUGGAGGAGUUGGACAGUUUGGAAGCAUUCGGGCUUAUGAAAGAACAUGCCGCUAUUUUGCUAGAAAAAGCAAUUCUGUGGUUGUGUCUGUUGGGUACCGCUUAGCUCCUGAGCAUCCAUAUCCAACCCAGUUCGAGGACUGUGUCACUGCCACCAUACACUUUAUGAGGACUGCACAAGAUUAUGGAGUAGACCCUUCUCGCAUCAUCAUCUGUGGAGAUAGCAGUGGAGGUACACUCACUGCUGCUGUUGCCCAAGCACUGGUGAACAGAAGAGAUCUCCCAAAGCUGAGAGCACAAAUCCUAAUAUAUCCUUUUCUUCAGAGUGUGAACUUUGAUUUGCCUUCUUAUCAGCAGAAUAAAGGAAUCCCCAUUUUGUUAAAGGAACGAACCCUUGCUCUUGGUUUGAAGUAUCUUAAUAUGGACUUGUCGAUCACGGGAGCACUACUUAAACACUGUCAUAUUCCAGAAGACUUGCAACUGAAGUAUCAGAAAUGGGUGAAUCCUGACUAUAUCGCUCAUGAGUUUAAAAACAGAGGCUACAAACCAAGUACAACAUAUCCAUUCUCAGAAGAAAUCUAUACACAGAUCAAGCCUCUGCUUGACAGUGUUUUUUCACCACUGUUAGCUGAAGACAGUGUUAUUGCUCGACUUCCUGAGGCUUUCAUUUUGACCUGUGAAUUUGAUGUGCUACGAGAUGAUGGACUGCUAUACAAGAAACGAUUAGAGGAUCAUGGUAUAAAAGUGACCUGGUGCCAUCUGCAAGAGGGAUUCCAUGGAACAUUAUUCUUAGCUCUUUGUGGUUCAAUGAUAGCAUUCCGAUCUGGAAAUAAAGGCCUGGAAAGGAUAGUAAAUUUUCUAAGAUUGAUGUAAAAUUCCAUUUCUGGCUUUCCCUUCUUGAUCCCUCUCUCUCAUUGUUUGCAAAGAAUUUUAAAAAACACCUUCAAUUUUGCUUUUCUUAAAUCAUCCUCUUAAAUUUCUGCACUGCAUCUGUCUUCUUUUUAUCCAACAAAGGGAUUUGGUAUGGCUUUGGCUUUGUUUUCUCUUAUGAUAGACAAAACCAGAUGAACCUUUCUUUCUUCUACCACCUCUUCAGAAUUUUCUCCUGUACCCAUAAAAUAUCUGGUCCCCAUGGCAAGUGUUUUGCCAUGCAGUUUGGCUCAAUAAAGUUCUGUUAAUAUUAACACACAAAUUGCAGUUUGAGGACAACUUGGGGCAGGUAACAGGGCAUGAAUCUACAAGUUAAGUGUAUAGUAAGCACAGUCAAUGAUUUAUCAAAGCCUGUAUCCAGUGAAAGCUGAAUUUGAGGCAAGCUUAAAGAGAAUUGAAUAUAGUAGAAAAUAUUUCAGCAUAGACAUAACAGUGGAAGAAAAGGAGAGGAGGUCAGAAAAGGUUUAUACUGGAACUACAGAUGU